GGUGAAAAGGAAGUUGUCGCUAGCAGGCUGAGGCCGGAGGAUACGAUCAAGAAAACGCGAUAUUUGUAGCAGUUCAAAUGUGACUGGGAUUUUUCUUUCUAUAGUGAUUUUCCGACUGGUGUGGAGGUCGAAAAAUAAACAUGGCGCACAGAAGGAAAUCAAAGUCUGCGAUGGAAAAACUGCGGGUGCCACUUUUCGUCUCUUUUGUCUGUAUUGCUUUUCACCUCGGCGGCACGGAUGCCAGGCUACCUCCGACACCAAGCGCCUCGACUGGCGAAACGGUAGAAAACUACGACAAAUACUACAAUUAUAUCGAACUCACCGGGCGUUUGCGCUCCUACGCCCAGAAAUACGCUCACAUUGCGAACCUGUCGAGCAUCGGUCAGUCCGUGCAGGGCAGAGAGCUUUGGGUGAUGCGGAUCACCAAAGACCCCCACAUCGAGUCCCCGGGGAAACCUAGGUUCAAAUAUAUUGGCAAUAUGCACGGCGACGAGACCGUGUCCAGGCAGGUUCUCGUCUAUCUUGUGGAUUACUUGCUCACUAAAUACGCGGAGGAACGGCGGAUAGCUGAACUGGUAAACACGACGGAUAUCUAUAUCAUGCCCAGUAUGAACCCCGACGGCUUCGAGGUGUCCCAAGAGGGAGUCUGUGCCGGCCAUAGAGGGGGACGAAACAAUGCCAAUAACAAAGACCUUAACAGGAGCUUCCCUGACCAGUAUGGUAAAGGAAUUAAAAACCCAGAGACCAUUCCUGAGGUCAUGGCUGUCAUCAGAUGGAUACAGGACAAACAGUUUGUUCUUUCUGGUAACCUGCACGGUGGCACUGUGGUCGCCAGCUACCCUUUUGAUGACUCAGCCAUCCAUCAGCAGCAAGGCUAUUAUAGCCAGUCAGCGGACGACAGCCUUUUUCGCUACUUAGCCUUGGUGUAUUCCAAGAACCACCCGGUGAUGAAGACCGGGCUACCCAACUGUCCCGAUACACCAGGCGAGACUUUUAAAGAUGGUAUCACCAAUGGGGCGCAGUGGUACGAUGUACCAGGGGGGAUGCAGGACUACAAUUACCUCCAUGCGAACUGUUUUGAAAUCACCCUUGAGCUGAGCUGCUGCAAAUAUCCCCAAGCGUCUGAACUCUACAAGGAAUGGGAGCUGAACAAAGAGCCUCUCCUGGCCUACAUUGAGCAGGUCCAUAUUGGUGUCCGUGGCUAUGUAAAAGAUCACGUGAGUGGUUCAGCCCUCACCAAUGCCAGCAUAGUGGUAGCAGGCAUCCGCCACAACCUGACCACUGGAAGAUUUGGCGACUACUACAGACUUCUGCUCCCAGGAGUCUACAACAUCACUGCUGUGGCCACAGGGUACACACCAGUGACGGUCAACAAUGUACAGGUCUUGGAUGGAAAUGCCACAGAACUUAAUUUUGUUUUGGAACCGGUUGCCUUUGAGCCAAAUCUCUCAGGCAAUGUCACGCUGACCACACCCUCCAUGCCGUCAACCACUGAUAUCUAUACUUCCACCUCAAAUACACAAACCCCUCCCUCCACUCAGUUCCACUUGGUGACAUCAGUGGGAAUUAAAAGCACACCCACUGCGUCGCCACCUGCUCCACAACCUGUUCAACCCCAGGAAUUUCGCCACCACAACUAUGCAGACAUGGAGCUCUUCUUACGCAAGUACAGCAGCGAGUUCCCGUCUAUUGCUCACCUUUACUCUAUUGGCCGCUCUGUGGAAAACAAAGAGCUCUAUGUGAUGGUCAUCUCAAACAACCCCACGGUUCAUGAACAUGGUGAGCCAGAGUUUAAAUAUGUGGGCAACAUGCAUGGCAAUGAAGUGGUUGGCCGGGAACUAUUGCUCAACCUCAUUGAGUACCUAUGCCUUAACUAUGGCACCGACCAGGAAGUCACAGAGUUGGUCAACAACACUCGCAUUCACAUCAUGCCUUCGAUGAACCCUGAUGGUUAUGAGGUGGCCAAUGAAGGUGACGUGAGAGGCUACAGAGGGCGCAACAACAGCAACAAUUUUGACCUGAAUCGCAACUUCCCAGACCAGUUUGCAAUCAUCAAAGAUCCCAGGCAGCCAGAGACUAUCGCCGUGAUGAACUGGCUGAAAAGCAACCCCUUCGUCCUCUCAGCCAAUCUUCAUGGAGGUUCUAUGGUGGUCAACUACCCCUUUGAUGAUGAUCAAGAGGGCAAAACCCAGUACAGCAAGUCACCUGACGACAAGGUUUUUCAGCAGUUGGCUCGAACCUACUCACAGGAAAAUCCUCUGAUGCACAGUGGGCACCCUUGUGUCAACCUGUAUCCCGGGGAAUACUUUGCGGAUGGCAUCACCAAUGGCGCCAGCUGGUACAAUGUUGCUGGUGGCAUGCAGGACUGGAAUUACUUAAACACUAACUGUUUUGAGGUGACUAUUGAGUUGGGUUGCGUGAAGUACCCCUGGGCCAAGGAUUUGCCAAACUAUUGGGAACAAAAUCGUCGAUCUUUGCUUCAGUUUAUCCAUCAGGUUCACCAUGGGAUCAAAGGUACAGUUUCUGACAUAAGGGAUGGCAUGGGGAUCCCCAAUGCCACCAUUCAGGUAGAGGGCAUUGACCACAACAUCACCACAGCUCACACUGGUGACUACUGGAGACUGCUGGUCCCUGGGACUUAUUCCAUCACUGCCUCCGCCCAUGGAUAUCAACCUGUGAGGACUUACGCCACCGUGUCCAAGAAAGGAGCGGAAGUGGUUGAUUUCCGAUUGACACGGCUUCACACAGAACCUAACGGCCUGUCACCUUCUGGACCCCAGCCAACUCAUAACCCAUCCGAUGAAGAGUUUGAGAGCUUAAUUAAGGCCCUCUCUCUGGGCCAAGGUUUAGACCAGCUGGUCAAGAGCACAGACACGGAGAGCAGUUUCAGAUUCCGAGGUUACAAGGAGCUGUCUGCGUUCCUCCGAGGUCUUACCCUCAACUUUCCCAAAAUUACAUCCUUGCAGAGUUUGGGCCACAGCGUUGAGUUUAGAACUAUUUGGGCUCUGGAAAUUUCCAACAACCCAGGAGAGGCUGAGCCUUCUGAGCCCAAGGUCCGCUUUGUCGCGGGGAUCCAUGGUAACGCCCCUGUGGGAACAGAGCUGCUUCUUGAGUUUGCUGCCAUGUUAUGCAUCAAUUAUGGCAAAAACUCAGUCAUUACAAGGCUCAUCAACGAGACAACUAUUGUAAUUGUGCCGUCGAUCAACCCGGAUGGAAGAGAGCAAGCGGUGGAGAAGCAGUGCACCUCCACCCAGGGCUUCACCAAUACUCAUGGCAAAGAUCUGGACGCAGACUUCUUUGGCAAUGCAUCCCAACGUUUGGUGGAGCCCCAGCCAGAAACCAGAGCAAUGAUGGACAUGAUUUUAGAUAAAGGCUACACACUGUCUGUGGCCCUUGAUGGAGGAUCACUUGUGGCUACUUACCCUUAUGACAAGCCUGUCCAAUCCAUGGAGAAUGAAGGCACACUGAAGUACUUGGCCAGCGUUUAUGCCAACAACCAUCCCACGAUGCACCUUGGCAACACUGGAUGUUCGAAUAACGGGCAAGCAAGCAACAUUCAAGAUGGAGUUAUGAGGGCAGCUGAGAGACAAAGUCAUAUGGGCAGUAUGAAGGACUUCAGCAUGGACUUUGGCUACUGUCCAGAAAUUACAGUGUAUACUGGCUGUUGUGUUUUUCCUCCAAGUGAACAGCUUGCCACACUCUGGGCAGAAAACAAGAAGCCCCUUCUGAGCAUGUUAGUGGAGGUCCACAAAGGAGUGAGAGGAGUGGUGAGAGAUAAAAGCGGGAAGCCCAUUGUUGGCGCCAUCAUUGUCAUGAAUGGGGGUGUGAGAGUCUUCACUGCAGAAGGUGGAUACUUUCAUGCGUUGUUGGCGCCUGGCAACCACAACAUUGAAGCAGUUGCUGAUGGCUACCAGCAGCAACACCAAGAGGUGGUGGUGUCCUCCUAUGAAGCAGCGAGCUCCAUCAUCAUUGAGUUUGACAUGGAUCACAGCAUCUUUGGUCUGCCGAGAGAAUUUGUGGUGGCCAGUGCAGCUGCCUGCAUGACAGCAUUGGUGGUGACUGCAUGCAUCAUCUGGUGUGUGUGCGCUGCCAAGUCUAAUCGGCAGAAGGAUGGCUUCCACCGUUUGCGGCAGCACCGGGAUGAGUACGAUGACGAGAUCCGCCUAACAUCCAUGGGAUCCAAGAAGUCUCUCCUCGGCCACGAGUUCCAGGAUGAAAGUGAAAGUGACGAGGAGACAUUAUACGCCAACAAAAUCUGAAAGAGCCUUUUGCUGUGUUUGUUUCCUGCUGCAAGAUGAAGGCCUGGGACAGUUAGUGUGGACUUGUUGAACUAGAGGCAUUUUAUCGGCCUCUUCGUGAAUCCACCAAGACUGAGACACUUUUGUGUUACACUGAUGAAUUUUGAACACCUGCUCAAUUAUUAGUCCAAUUGUUGCGUCAUCAGUCGUAAAAUGUUGCGUUCAUCUUUUUGUGCUCAAGGUGAAGCUUUAAUCCUGUUUGCCGCUCAUCCGUCCCGCCUUAGUAGAGUGAGUACCCCAACCUUUGGUGAUCAACUUCACCUGUCUGACUAAAGGCUUGCAAAAACAUGCAUGGCAGGCUGAUUGAACACUCCAAAUUGUCCCUCGGUGUGAGUGUGAGCGCGGAUGGCUGUUUGUCUCUGUGU